CUUUUGUUCAUUUCAGCCAUUCACAAUGACAUCCUCUCUUAACCCUCCUGCUCUUCGCCUGCAGCAGAUCAGCAACCAUAUCUCCAACAAUGCCAAUACAUCCUCUGUCUUCCAAAACGUCAAUGCAGCGCCUGCCGAUGUCAUCUUUGCAUUGACCUCCUCAUACAAGGCCGAUACCUAUCCAAAGAAGGUCAAUCUUGGUGUAGGAGCCUACCGUACAGAGGAAGGCAAACCAUGGGUCCUUCCUGUAGUGAAGAAGGCGGAACACAUUUUAGUCAACGAUGACAACCUGGACCACGAGUACCUACCCAUCCUCGGAUCAGAGUCCUUCCGUAAGGCUUCUGCUAAAUUGAUCCUUGGAGCCAAUUCCAAGGCAAUUAUGGAAGGCCGGGUCGGUUCUGCUCAGUGCAUCUCCGGGACUGGAGCUGUUUACACCGGAGCAAGCUUCCUAUCGAAACACUAUCCUAUCAAAGAUGCAGCAUGCUACAUCUCAAAACCAACCUGGGCAAAUCAUCGUGCAAUUUUCGAGGGUGUCGGAAUCCCCGUGCUCGAAUACCCUUAUUGGGAUCCUGUGACUAAGGGCCUUGAUCUGAAAGGGAUGCUCAACACAAUGCAAACAGCACCCAAUGGUUCUAUUUUCUUGAUUCAUCCAUGUGCUCAUAAUCCCACAGGAGUGGAUCCCACACCUGAACAAUGGAAACAAAUUGCAGAUGUGAUGGAAGCCAAGGGCCAUUUCACGUUCUUUGAUUGUGCGUACCAGGGCUUCGCAUCCGGUAACCUGGACAAGGAUGCUUAUUCUGUUCGGUAUUUUGUCGAGCGUGGAUUCGAGCUCUUUGUUGCACAAUCAUACUCCAAAAACUUUGGUCUUUAUUCUGAACGGGCUGGUAAUUUGGUAAUCGUGAGCAAGACACCCGAGAUCAAAACCAAAAUUGAGUCACAGAUCGCCAAGGCCCAACGAGCUGUCAUCUCAAACCCACCUGCGUUUGGAUCUCGAAUCGUAAGCACUGUUUUGAGUGACGAAAAGUUAUAUGCAGAAUGGGAGAAGAAUCUGGCGACAAUGGCGAACCGGAUUAUUGACAUGCGCAAGGCCCUAUAUGAUGAGUUGGUACGGCUAGGGACACCUGGCAAGUGGAACCAUAUUGUAGACCAGAUUGGCAUGUUCUCGUUUACAGGUCUUACCACACCACAAGUGAAGGUGUUGAAAGAAAAAUAUCAUGUUUAUUUGACAGAUAAUGGACGUAUCUCUAUGGCAGGACUCAACAGCUCCAAUGUUAAGUACUUUGCACAAGCGGUUGAUGAUGUGGUGCGCAAUCACUGAUUGUUCUUAUUGACUUGAUUACUUUGAAGAUUAAUAAUAAUAAAGCUG